AUGGUAAAAAGUCAGUUCAUUGCCGAAAAGGAGCGCCUCCUAGAUCACCAUCGUGUGUUGCUGAUAACAACUGGCAGCGUUGCAUCUAUCAAGGCUCCUCUCAUUGUUGCGGAGCUUCUUCAAUACCGGAAUGUCAAAGUGGAGGUGGUUGCAACGAAAGAGUCACUUGCAUUUUACGACCGUGCGGAUGUGGUCAAAGCGGGAUCAUACAAGAUCGGAGAUCCAAUCCUGCAUAUCGAGCUGAGGAGAUGGGCUGACAUAGUCCUUGUAGCUCCUUGCUCGGCAAAUACGCUCUCAAAAAUCGCACACGGACUCUGCGACAAUCUCGCAACCUCUCUGCUUCGUGCGCUGGCACCCACGACGCCGACUUACAUAUUCCCCGCAAUGAACACGCUCAUGUACGAACAUCCGCUCACAGCAGAGCAUGUACGCGUCGUCCGGGACGUUGUGCGGUACCAAAUUGUUGGGCCAAUUGGGAAGAAUCUCGCAUGUGGGGAUGUCGGCCUGGGUGCCAUGACAGAAUGGUUCGAUGUUGUGAAGAUAGUGGUGAAUCAAAUGAAACUCACUCGCAAAGACGACAAAUGA